GCCGCGGGAGCAGCGGUAGCGGCUUCAGUUCUAAACUACCCGGCCGCCCGGGCAGGAACAGAGGGAGAGGAGCUACCGUCCCACGCCGCCCCUACGCUCGGGGGCCCUGAACCCGCCCGGCUGCCGCUAACCUCCGCUCUUCCUCUGGAGUGAGGAGUGCGCAGCUGGUAUCAGAGCCGAGAGGGCAAGGGAGGGCAGCGCGCAUGGCCUCGGCAGGCGCGCGGCGACUCCCGGCCGGGACGCGCGCGGCGGCCAGGGGCUGCAGCGGCCUCUCGCUGCGCCCGGCCCCGCCCCCGGUCCCUCCGCGACCGCCGGGUCCAAUGAGAUUUCUGAUCUCCUGCAGCCUCUUCUUGCCCCGGGCUGCCCAGGUCUUAGCGGCUGAGGCUGGCUUACCUCCCAGCCGUUCCUUCAUGGGCUUAGCUGCCCCCUUCACCAACAAGCGAAAGUCUUACUCCGAGCGUAGGAUCAUAGGGUACUCAAUGCAGGAGAUGUACGAGGUGGUAGCCAAUGUCCAGGAGUAUCGUGAGUUUGUGCCCUGGUGUAAGAAGUCUUUGGUGGUAUACAGCCGCAAAGGUCACCUGAAGGCCCAGUUGGAGGUUGGCUUUCCACCUGUUAUGGAACGUUAUACUUCUGCUGUUUCCAUGGUCAAACCUCACAUGGUCAAGGCUGUUUGCACCGACGGCAAGCUCUUCAACCACUUAGAGACCAUUUGGCGGUUCAGUCCUGGUAUUCCUGCCUAUCCCCGAACUUGCACUGUGGACUUCUGGAUUUCCUUUGAAUUUCGUUCUCUGCUGCACUCCCAGCUGGCCACCAUGUUUUUUGAUGAGGUUGUCAAACGGAAUGUCACUGCCUUCGAGCGCCGGGCAGCAGCCAAGUUUGGUCCAGAAACAGCCAUCCCCCGUGAACUGAUGUUCCAUGAGGUGCACCAAACUUGAGGCAAAGGAUUGUUCCCUAGCCUCACCUCUCCUCUCCCUCCUCACCCAAUUCUCUUAUUUAUUUCAUUUAGCUCCUGCUCCAAUCUGAGAGAAGAGUCUAUGUUCAUAAUACUGUUCUCCCACUCAAAUUGGGCUCUAAGCUGGCUGGAAAUGCUGGGGAAAGAAAAAGCAGGGAGGUAUGGAAAGGAGACAUGCUUAGGAAAGGGUCAGGCUCAUCUUGAGAGCCCAUAUGCCUGAUGCCUGCAACCUUCUCACACUGAAUUAUGAUCAGGACUGUAUGGUUGUCUCUGAGCUCUUGUCAAGGUGCCUUAGUGUCUGACCAGAGGAAGACAGCAACUUUUCUUAGGAUUGAAUAAAUUGAACUCCUUUCUCUGACACAGAGCUACUGGGUAGUCAGUAACUUUGCCUGCUCUUGGGGAAGGGGUAGGAUAAGAACCCUGAUAAAUAAAGGGAUAUUUGCUUGUGGCAGGGGAUGAGGAGGGAGGUUUACUAUUUUUAAUGUCCUCAGCCCCUCAGGAGAUGCCUGAGAUCUCGCCCCAGCUUGAAAUCUGUAUGACCUCACUUUAAGAAUAGUUCCAUGCUACCUGGCUAGUGGAGAGCAAGGGGCUUUCUCCCCAUCAUUGCCACAGGGGGAAAGGAGCAAAAGAGCACUGAACAGUUAUACUCUUGGGUUGUACCUUAUUCUUCCACUUGGCCUGAGUUUUUAUAAAAUUUCAAAAAAUUGUGACAGUAUGAAUUUGGCUUUUAUAUAUUGCUUCUCAGGGGAAUAAUGUAGAUAUAGUAGAGUAAUAGAAAGUCAUGGCUUCCUUCCCUAGGGGAGUGAAGGUGCAAGAAGUCCUCUUGGACACAGUGUCCCUGCUAACUAUAGUAGCACAUUCUACAAGCCAGGACCUAGUACCCACUCCCUUGCCUAUUUAUAGACUUUUUCAGAAGGUCAGUUGCAGCAGGAGUCUCAGGACAGAGUAAUCUGGUCUCAGACCUCCCAUAUAACUGAUGCCCUCCAGACCACCUCUUAUUCUGGGGGAUCCUUAAGGGAAGCUGCAAAGAACUGGCGUUUCACGAACUACCAGAGCCCUCUAGAGGCUCAGAUCCUGAGUCAGCAGUCCUACCUUAACUGCCCUUGGUAUAGUUUGUUCCUUUCACCCAAUGGGCUGGACCAGCUUCCUUGGAUUAGUCACAUAAGCAGUUGUGAGGUCUCAGCUACAGUCCUUCAGUGUUCUACCUUACGGCAAAUUUAGGAAGGACAGGGGCUGAAGAUCAAAGACUUCUAACCAUGAAGACAGAUGGCAAUCUCCUUUGGAAAUCUCACAGGGAACCUGUCUUCUGAUUAGGGUAAAUGAAUGCCAAACCUACCUCAAGAUAAAAAAGAUGCACAGGAUAACAUAACCCACCAAGUCCAGGAUCGUGCUAGCCAGAAUCCUUACCUCAUAACAGAGAUUCUCCCAGGCCUUAUUUAAUAGGCUCAAGCAUUGUUAAUAAAAACAUUUAUUUUGCAUUUUAUA